UUCCACAAAACCUCGAAUUCCACAAAAAGCCAUGUAUUAUUGUAUAUUCCGUAUUCGAUUUCCGAGAUUCAAAAUUCAGUCCACUGCUACUAUCAUGACAAAUAGAAAACCAACACUGCUUUUUCUGCCAUUCUCUCACUCUCAGUGAGUCUAUCUCCACUGACUCAUCUAUGGGUAACUUUACAAUUUGAACUUUGAACUCCAUUUUUUGAGUGUCAUACCAUUUUUCUUGGACCCCAAAAAGUUCUAGUUUUUUCAGCUACAAUGUUUGUGGUUCGGCUUAAUCUGCUGAUUUCGAGGAUACCCAACUGGCAGUUUCAAGGUGUUUGUGAAAAUGUCCCUAUGGUUUCGACGCCUCUUGGUUUUGAGAUUUCUGGGUUUGACGGUGGUCGGACUUAUGUGUCUCAAAAUGGGGUUUUUGCAUUUGGGUUCUUUGAGGGUUUUAAAAAAUUGGACGAUGAUGAUGUUGAUGGAUUUGUUGUGGGUAUAAGGUAUAACUUGGGAGAUAAAGCUGCAAAUGUUCCUGUAUGGACAGUUGGCGGUGGACUCAGGGUUUCUUUGAACUCCACGGUUAAGCUUUCCAUGGACGGAAGGCUGAUUUUGGUUGAAAAUCCUAGUGGUUUAAUUGUUUGGAGUACUGAUACCUCUAAGUCAGGUGUCAAAAAAGCUAACCUUUUGAACAGUGGGAACCUAGUACUGAUGGAUAGUCGGGAUAAGGUGUUGUGGGAGAGUUUUUCUAGCCCUACAAACACCCUUCUUCCUGGUCAGUCUCUCCAUUUUCCUCAAACCCUUAGAGCCCCUUCAACAAAAUCAAUUUCCAGCUACUAUAGUUUUGUGAUUCAUCACUCUGGGGAGCUUGCACUGGUGUGGGAAAGCAACGUUACUUACUGGAGGACUCAUUUUAGUUCCUCUAGUAUCAUCAAGCAAGCAAGAUUUGAUUCUGAUGGUGUUUUGAGGUUAGUUGAGGCUGCCAAUAGCACUGUCUGGUCCGCAUCAAGUGAGGAUUUUGAAGACCCUUCUGUGUUUCUAAGGCAUCUUAGGAUUGAUUUAGAUGGGAACUUGAGAAUUUACUCAUGGGAGAAUGAACUCCAUAGAUGGAGGGUAACAUGGCAAGCAGUUGAGAAUCAGUGUCAUGUGUUUGGCUCUUGUGGUUUGUAUAGCUUAUGUGGAUUCAAUUCUACUGGACCUGUUUGUGACUGUCUGUACCAGGAUUCUGUACGUAGAAGAGACGGCCUUCCCACGGUGGAUUCAGGUGGUUUCGGGUGCAGGAAGAUGGUGGAUUUGGGGAACUGCAAGAUGAAUACAAGCAUGAUGAAACUAGAACAUACAGUUCUUUAUGGUCUCUACCCUCCGCAAGAUGUUGAUGUGAUGCUUAGUGAGCAAGCUUGCAAAGAUCAGUGCUCCAAUGAUUCUUCCUGCAUUGCAGUAACUUCGCAGAAUGAUGGUUCGGGUCUUUGCACAAUCAAAAGAACUGACUUUAUCAGUGGUUACAGGAACCCAUCUGUUCGUGCAACUUCAUUCUUGAAAGUAUGUUCUGUCCCUCUGGCAGUUUCAGAUCUAGGAGUUGAUCCCCAUGGGAAUUUUGAGCAAAGCUCUAUAGAUCCUAGACCAUUCAAAAAUCAAGCAGGUCAUAGCACAAAUGUGCAAGGAGCUAUUGCCUUCAUAGUUUUGGUGACAGUGUUUGGUUUUCUGACAAUGGAGAUGUUUGUCUUUUGGUUUAUUUAUCGGAGACAGCAAAUUGACGCUCAUACAAGAAGUCUCUUCCGGAAGGACGCUCAGAUGAAUCCACAUUACAGCGCUCUUACCAGAUUAUCUUAUGAGGAGAUAAAGGUGCUUACCGGAAACUUUACAAAUCAACUUGGUCCCACUGUUUAUAAAGGGGUACUUCCAAAUAAUACACCUGUGGCAGCUAAAGUAUUAAACGGUGUAAUUGUAACUGAGAAGGAUUUUCGGGUGGCUGUUUCAACUUUGGGUAUAAUGCACCACCGCAACCUUGUACCAUUAAAAGGUUUCUGUUUUGAGCAGAAACACAAGCUGCUACUGUAUGAGUAUGUCCCCAAUGGCUCUCUGGAUGAGUGGAUGUUAAACAGGAAGCCAGACCAAAUUGAAAAGAAUUGGCAGCAUCGGCUUAAUAUUGCUCUUGGAGUGACGCGAGCCCUUGCUUAUCUACACUUAGAGUGUCCAAGAUGUAUCCCUCAUGGAAAUUUGAAGCUACAAAAUGUCUUGCUUGAUGAGAAGUUGCUCCCAAAAUUAACAGAUUUUGGAAUUCAAAGCUUACUACCGAAGGACAGAGCAUCCUCUUCAGAAUCUCCAUCAGAGAGAGAUAUUUACAUGUUAGGGGAGAUAUUGCUGCAAAUUAUAAUAUGCAAGAGAGAUGUUCUACGCGACAAUCUGCACCAUUUAGUUGACAACAUAACUGAAAAGCUGGAACCACGAGGUAGUAAGGAGUCCGAAGCAGUAGAAAGAGUAGUAAGAAUAGCUUUAUGGUGUAUGCAAAAUGAACCAUUUCGGCGACCUUCCAUCGGUGAAGUUGUUCAGGUAUUAGAAGGCACAUUCUUAGUUGAAAGGCCUCCACCGGCUGUUGCUUAUAGUCCGGAACAGAGCGAUGAGGGAGUUGCCGCUGAAAUUCAGGUAUACUCUCAAGAAGGAAGCCGACUUUGAUUGGGAAUGUCCAUCAAUUAACUGCAGCAGGCUCCACAAAUCAAAUUUUUAGGAGACUGUGGAUGUGCCCCUGGAGUUGAUUUUCUUUGUAGUAGUAGUGAACUCCUGGAGUGUAUGAAUUUCCUUAAAAAGUGUAAUCAGUCUUAAUUUGAGAAUCAAAUGAGUGAAAGUUACUGAUCUUUUGAUUUCCUUUUGCCUAUGAAGUGAGACUAAGACUCGCCUUUUUUUUA